GAUGUGCUGACGGGCUCUAGUAGCGACAGUGACCCACUGAGCUCUGGAGACCACUGAACUAGCUCGUGUUCUGCACGUCAGACUUGCAACCACUUUCGAGUUUUCUCAAACCCGUCCGACAGAUGCCGAGGCGAUUGCUUCACUCUUCGCGCUUUCAUGGUUGUCGCCUUUCACGCGUUUGCAGUUUGGCAAAAUCGAGCCACAUCAGCUGGUGACCACAAUGUUACCCCGCAUCACAGUGCAGUUGGUAAAGCUACCGGGGAGCGGCAACAAAGACCUUAUCAUGGCGUUCACUCUGGGCCUACGGCCAAGCCACCUGCUAUAAGCGUUAUUAGCGACCAUAGAUCAAACUGGCGAUGGCGUGAGUGUAACAGUAGCCAUUCACUCGGUGUUAUCAUUGCUAUUGUCUUUGUAUCUUUUGACAUAGUCGCCUUGCCUGCUUGUCAUCUUGACCGAUUGGACGAAUAGGGGACCAAGGUGAUAGAUUCUGCGAUUUCGCUGGAGAGGGGAGUGCUCUCUCAAAG